AUGCGGCUUUUGUACAAUGACCAAGAAAAUAACAACUUCGCACUUACCAAAGAAUUGGAUGCCGAGAACAUACCUGAGUAUGCCAUAUUAUCGCAUACCUGGCUGCUCAAUAAUGACGACGAAGUCACUUUUGACGACUUGGAAAGUGGCAACGCGAGGGACAAACCUGGUUAUGCCAAGAUUCAAUUCUGUGCCGAGAAGGCAACUCUACAUGGCUUGAAAUACUUUUGGAUUGACACAUGCUGCAUCGAUAAAAAGCACAGCGCAGUACUACAGGAGGCUUUAGUGGCCAUGUUUUCCUGGUACCGAAAUGCCGCUCGAUGUUUUGCACACCUUGCUGAUGUCUCAGUAUCCGAGGCCCCUCAGCUGGAUGAAGAAGCAUCUUUAUUGCCAUGGCGGUCUGCCUUUUGUAGCAGCAGAUGGUUUACAAGGGGCUGGACACUACAGGAGCUUCUUGCUCCACGAUCUGUGGAAUUCUUCUCUGCUGAAGGUGUGGCUUUGGGCGACAGAAGAUCUCUCGCCCUUCUCAUCCAUAAGAGUACCGGUAUCCCAUAUUCGGCAUUGCAGGGAGUACCUCUGCAACAUUUCACCGUGAAACAACGUUUUACAUGGGCGGAAAACCGUCAGACUAAGCGAAAAGAAGACAUGGCGUAUUGUUUGAUGGGGAUCUUCGAUGCCAUCAUGCCGGUUAUAUAUGGAGAGGGGGAAAGGAGUGCGCUCGAGAGGCUGCGACACGAGAUUUUCAGGAAAAAAGACAAGAUCGAUAGUAUCUUAUCCAGGUUGCCCAUAGCCUCUGAAGCUGCUUUCAAUUCGAGACAGAACGAGGAUGAGCCACUAUGCCUGCCUGAUACUCGUUUAGAGCUUCUUGAGGGCAUCACCACAUGGGUGGACGGCUCCAAGCAUGAGAAGUGCAUUUAUUGGCUGAACGGGAUAGCUGGCACUGGAAAGUCCACGAUCGCUCGCACUGUAUCGAGAAUAUUCCACGAAAAGGGGAAACUGGGAGGAAGCUUUUUCUUCUCCAAGGGCGGCGGUGAUCUCAAUCAUGCCAACAAGCUGGUCACCACACUUACCAGACAUAUAGCCGACAAAAUACCAUCGGCCAGAGGCCACAUAGCUGACGCUAUUACAGACCCAAAGGAGAUAAUACAUUCUUCUCUUCGAGACCAAUGGAACACGUUGAUCAUCGGCCCACUAUCCAAAAUAGUGAGUGAUCCUCCGCUCACAGUUCUGCUCGUAAUAGAUGCGCUGGAUGAGUGUGAUAGUGAAAAAGACAUCCAAGUGAUCCUGAGGAUUCUGUCUACCGCUAGAAUACUGAGCACUAUCCGGUUACGCAUCUUUAUUACAAGCAGGCCCGAGAAUCUGAUUCGACGAAUUGUCCGAAAGAUUCCAGAAGAGGAGCGUGAGGUUUUUGAACUGCACGAUAUGUCUCCCGAGUUAGUAGAAAGAGAUCUCAACAUCUAUUUCGAAAACAGCUUCACAGAUAUUCGAGAUGAGCGUGGUUAUCCCGACAAUUGGCCUGGGAUGCAAAUCAUAAAACGCCUGACUGAGAUCUCCGGUGGUCUUUUUAUCUGGGCCUCGACUGCAUGUCGGUUCAUCCGCGAAGGCCGGCGGCUUGCGAAGAGGCGGAUUGAGACCCUCAUUAAGGGGUAUCGCUCGGGAGCUGGCCCAGAGAAGCAGUUGGAUCGAAUCUACACCGCGGUUCUUGAUAACUCUAUCCCAAAGGGUAUUGAUGAGCAGGAAAGAGAAGAGAUUUACUCGACUUUACAAAAUAUCCUAGGGAGCAUCGUCACACUCUACUCCCCAUUAUCCCAAGAAUCACUCGCCCUACUCUUAAACAUACCUCUUGAUGAUAUCAGAGAGACAUUAAACGAUUUCCAUACGAUUCUCAAUAUUACCAAUGACACAGACCGACCUAUCCGCUUACAUCAUCCAACGUUUCGUGACUUUCUUCUAGACAGGAACCGCUGCAAUAAUGAUAAUCUCUGGGUAGAUGAGAGGCCAGCACAUCAUCUACUAGCUCAAUCCUGUAUGGAGGUUAUGUCAAAAAUGCUUAAAAGAGACAUUUGUGGGGUAGGAUCUCCAGGGACUCUACUCACAAAUAUUGAUGCUGGGAGGAUAAGGAAAUGCAUUCCGCCUCAUCUUGAAUAUGCAUGCCUCUAUUGGGUUGACCAUUUGCGACAAAGUGGUGUCAAGCUUAGUGAUGAUGACCUAGUCUGUCGCUUCUUCAAGAGCCACUUCCUUUACUGGUUAGAAGCCAUAAAUUUAAUGGGAAAGACUAUUGAAAUGAGCGCCAUCAUUAGGCUAUAUCACUCCCUCCUCGCGAGUGAUAUGAAUGAACGUCAAACGCCUUUUGUCAAAGACGCCAGACGUUUCAUCUUUGCAUUUCAGAAUGUGAUAAAGCAGGCGCCUCUUCAAAUCUAUUCAUCGGCUCUUGCUUUUAUCCCGCAAACAAAUGAAUUGAAACACCAUUUUCGGCCGCAAAUUCAUUCAUGGAUAAAAAAUAUUCAAAUUGCGGAAGCUGAUAUCCCAGAGGCCAAAGAUGAGUUCAAUUACGUUAGUGAUCUCGCCUUCACCCCAGAUAGCCGGCACCUCGUCUCAGGGUCCAACUUUCCAGCGGCCAGAACGUGGGAUAUCAAGACGAAAUCUAGACUUCGCAAGUUCGAGGGUGCAAAAGAAAAAAUAAGUUCUGUCGCCGUCUCGCCUGAUGGACGGAUUAUAGCCGGAGGUUCAGAUGAUUUCAAUAUCUUCCUUUGGGACUUUCAGACAUCCACCUUGCUCCACAAAUUGGAAGCUCAUGUGGGCUGGAUCAACUCAGUUGCAUUCUCGCCUGAUGGCAAGCUGCUUCUUUCAGGGUCUAUGGAUGAGUCCAUUAUUCUUUGGGAUAUUGGAACUGGGAGACUACUCAAUCGAAUUAACGAGUCAAGUGGUGUGAAUUCUUUGGCAUUUUCCCCCGAUGGCUUGUGUGUUGCUACGGGCUCCGUUGACCAAAUCAUCAGAAUUUGGGAGUUGAAACACACUCAAGAGGUCCACGCAAUGUUUGACGGCCACUCAGGAUGUAUCAAUUCUAUUCAAUUCUCACCUGACGGGAAGGAGAUCGUCUCAGGAUCAGAUGAUAAAUCGAUCAAAAUAUGGAACAUCGCCACUGGCCUCGAACAGAAGACAUUGAAGGGACAUAAAGAACGAGUCAUGGCUGUAUCGUUCUUUUAUGAUAUCGAUGUUGGUGCUUGCCGGGUUGCAUCUGGCUCUGAGGACAAGACUAUUAUGAUUUGGGAAGUGGCAAGUGGAACGACACUAGCUAUUCUGAAAGAACACACAAGUGGGAUCAACUCUGUUACAUUUUCUCCUGACCGGAGUAUGCUUGCAUCAAGUUCCUUUGACGAUGAAGUCCGUCUCUGGGAUACAAAGACGUGGGUGUUGAUCGGAAAACUUGACGAUUACGAUGAAGACAUUCUCUCUGGAAAGUUGGCAACAUGGCGCCCUUACGAUCCGACUUCCACAGUGAUCGAGUCAAUAUCACAUACUGAGGAGUUCAUUGGCCAUCCGAACAAAAUAACUCGACUGGUGGCUUCACCAGAUGGAAGAUUGGUUGCUUCAACCUCCCAGAUGCUUUGGAUCCAAAGUGCCAUGAUCAAGCUAUGGCUGAGAGGGGAAAGGCAUUGGGGCCUAAAAUGGGUUCUGAACGGCCAUUCUGCGGAAGUUAAUGACCUUAUUUUCUCCCCAGAUAGUCGAAUACUGGCAUCAGUGUCAACAAACGGCAACUUUAUCCUUUGGGAUACCGAAACAGGAAGAAUCUCACACACCUUUAGGCAACACCAAGAAAACGCACCUGUGAUAUUCUCGUCAGAUAGCCAGCUUCUUGCUUCACUCUCAUCAGCGACUACGAUUGGGCUCUGGAACGCGAUUAACGGAACAUCGUUGUUAUCUCUAAACUUUCAUACAGCUACUGUCAAAGGUUUGGUAUUCUCCCCAGACAACGACUUGAUUGCAUCGUUUUCAGAUGACAGUAAUAUUGCACUUUGGAAUACCACAAAGGCCCAAUGUUAUGUUCAACCUAUAAUACUGAGCGGCCGCUCUGGUUCAGUCACCGCAGUUGCAUUCUCACCUGAUGGCAAUUUACUAUAUUCCUGUUCGGAAGACGGCGCAAUCCGCUUUUGGAGCCGUUCUGGAGACUCACAUGGUAUGUUCCCAGGAGGCGCUGAAAAUCCGCCCCAGUCUAUCGCUGUUUCAGCGGAUAAUGAGCGGCUGGCAUGUUACUGCAGAAAUGGAAUUGUUGAACUCUGGGACUUGCACCAAAAGUCUCUGAAAGGGUCUCUAUUUUUGGGACCUACUAUACGCAAAUUGUCAUUCUCACAAAGUGGCCACUAUCUGGAGACAGGCAGAGGGACAUGGCAUGUCAAUGACUUUUUCGCUACUAAUUCUUCAAACGCUCCUUCACAUUCGAACAACCAUCAUGGUAUAGUUGCAACCCAGGAAUGGCUAAGCAGAGAUGGAGAGGAUAUUGUUUGGCUCUAUGAAAAGGAGUAUCAGGCAGUCGACUUGGUUACAACAGUCAACGGAGUUAUAUUAGGACACCCAUCUGGAGCUAUAUCUUUUUUUGAGUUUUAA